AUGCGCUUCUCAUUCGUAUUUUUCCUAGCCGUCCUCAGCUGUAUCCUUUUCAUCCAGGAGGGCAGUGGUGAAGUUAUCUCUGAUGAUGAGUCGACGAUCACCGGUAUCAAUAAAUCCAUAUUCGCUGGAUCUGAUGACACCACCACCACCACCCCCUCUCCAUUAUCCGACACCACAACUCCUUCUUUGUAUAGCUUGUCCGCUGCCCGGAGUCGCAGGCGGAUUCGACUUGCCCUUGCGCGUAUUCAAAGGCGGGAAAGGAAACUGCGCCAGGAGUUGGAACAGUUAGUUCAGCUAUUACUUAAUAACGACCUGAAAGAAUAG